AUUCACGUUAUGUUGUACUGUAAUGUGAUGGUGGGGUGGUGCAUUGGGUGUGUAUUGUUUCUGCUGUUCUGUUACAGCCACGCUAGGUCCAUUGAUGUCGGGGGAGACAUUGAAGAAAAUAUAAAACAGAAGAGGAAUGCAUUGUUAAAGGCAAAACACUGGAUAGAUGGCGUUGUGAACUAUGAAUUAGAUACUAUGUACAACGAGCAUCAAAAAGGAAUGAUUCGAGAUGCUAUGCAUGAGAUGGAGACUUUGACAAAAGUGAAUGGUAGAAGUUGUCUAACGUUCAGGGAGAUCACUAGCAAUAAAGAUGGACCAUUGCUUGAAGAUUAUGUCUACAUUUCCCCAGAACAUCCCUCGUGCAAUUCGGACGUUGGCAUGAAAGGCGGGAAGCAGACGUCAUCUUUGGGGUUGCCAUGUUUGAAAUCAGGGAAAAUCAUGCAUGAAAUGAUGCACGUGUUGGGUUUCAUGCAUGAGCAGGCUAGAAACGACAGAGAUGACUUCGUCGAUAUAGUGUGGAAAAAUAUCAAAGGAGGCCAUGAACAUAACUUUAAAAAGAUGGCUAAAUAUGAAGCUGAUACACUCGGCCUACCUUACGACUAUGGCAGCAUUUUACACUACUCCGAAAAGGCGUUCGCCAAACACUCUGGUCUAAAGACGAUUGUUCCAAAAUCGGAUGCUUUGAAAAACGGAUUGAAAAUGGGUCAACGUGUAACUCUCAGUGAAGGAGAUGUAAAAAAGGUUCAAACAUUGUAUAAUUGCUUGUAACCCAUAUUCAAAAAAUAAAAGUUAUUGAACUAGC